AUGGCCAUGAAUUCACAAAUGCGUCCCAUUCUGACUCUUUUCAUCUUUGCGGUUUUCCUCUCCAUCCUAUUCUACACCUCAAGACUAUCGGAUGAAAACAUCCCAAGGAGAUUCAACCAGUCGGCCACCUCGUUCUUAGCAGAAACUUGCAAAGCUAUUACUGAAGGAAAAAAGCACUUCUCACCCCGAAAGAUGCUGAAGACAUCCUUUGGGGAACCCAACUGCAGUGAUUACGUGACCCAAAGCCACUACAUUACCAGACCCCUCUCUGCGGAAGAAGCUGCCUUUCCUUUAGCCUACGUGAUAACCCUGCACAAAGAGUUUGAUACUUUUGAGAGGCUCUUUAGGGCCAUAUAUAUGCCCCAAAAUGUCUACUGUGUUCACGUGGACAAGAAGGCCACCCGUGCAUUUAAGAGAAAGGUGGAGCAAUUGCUAGGCUGUUUCCCCAAUGCUUUCCUUGCUUCAAAAUUGGAGCUGGUGGUUUAUGCUGGGGUAUCGAGGCUCCAGGCUGAUCUGAACUGCAUGAAGGAUCUUGUAAAAUCGAAAGUGCCCUGGAAAUACCUUCUCAACGCUUGUGGGCAAGAUUUCCCCUUGAGAACCAACAAGGAGAUAGUUCGGUACCUGAAAGGGUUCAAAGGGCAGAACAUCACUCCUGGGGUGUUGCCUCCACAUCAUAUUCUCAAGAGGACAAAAUACAUCUACCGAGAACAGGUUUACAGCAUCUUUUCCUUCAUGCUGGGGACUUUUCUGUGGAAAUCACCACCUCCGCACAACCUGACCAUCUAUUUCGGCACUGCUUACAUUGCACUUUCAAGGGAAUUUGCAGACUUCAUCCUCAACGACCCGAGGUCUCUUGAUCUCCUUGAAUGGUCUAAAGAUACCUACAGUCCAGAUGAACAUUUCUGGGUGACACUCAACAGGCUGCCAGGUAUGCUCCUUUUCCUUCAAAAAGUUGUUCUGUUGUUGAUAAUAACAGUGGUAAUAAUAAUAGUGUUACAAACGUCAGGUGCCCCCCCCCCCGCCGAGCGGUGGCAAAGGUUUAUGGGGUUCCAGGCACUCACCCAGGGUCUGUGGUCCUUUGGAGAACUGAGACAUGACGGAGACUGUCAUAGCUUUAAUAUUUACACCUUCAGUCUGCAUGGAGGGAGUCCCAGCCUUACUGCAUGGUCAUUUCGCUGGAUUUUACCCCAGGAACUAGAAAGGCCUCGGGCAUCAUGCAGACUAGACUAACCACACACCCCACCUCCAGCUCACAACAUUAUUUUUGAGGUCUGGCAACCAGAAUUGAAGACAUCAUUCCAGGUGUAGCCACAGCCCAGAUUUGUACCAACAGUUUUAUUUUCAAAUCAUUUCCUCUUCAAUCCUAACACACAGAAUACAAUUUCCACCCCCCCCCAAGUUACUCCAUACUUUAAUUCAGCUGUCCAUCUCUUUCUUAGCUGGUCAAUGCCUGUUCAAGCCCCAUAGGCAUAAAUGUGAAGUUUGGAUUUCUUUUGCCACAAAGUUCCAUCAACCCCAGUCAAUACGGUUAAUGAUCAGGGAAGAUGCAAGUUGUAUUGCCGCAACAUCUGAUGGGCACCGCAUUAGAUACCUCUGACCUAGAAGGAGUCAUUGUUAACGCUGGAAAAUUUCCUCUGUUCGUGUUUCCCUACAUUUUAUUAUAUACAUUAUAUACUAACGUUCAAAUAGUAACAUAUAAAUAAAAAGACACCUGUAUUUAAGAAAAAUCAUUUUGCAAGAUGAGUUCCCUGCAGCCCGUAUCAUGCUUAACUUCUUCAAUCUAGGGAAAUGCAAUAGAUGGGGAAGAGAUGGGUAUCAGGAUGGUAAGAGGGAAGGGCUUGUGUUGUUUGUUUAUGGAGAAUUCAGUCUGAUUUGUUUGCAAGGAGGUUAAGGGAUGCCACUUCAAGAAGUUGUUAUCCCACACCAGGGUUCAGCAACCUUUUUCAGCCAUGGGCCGGUCCACUGUCCCUCAGACCAUGUGGUGGGCCGGAUUAUAUUUUUGGGGAACAAAUGAACGAAUUCCUAUGCCCCACAAAUAACCCAGAGAUGCAUUUUAAAUAAAAGACACAUCCUACUCAUGUAAAAAUAUGCUGAUUCCCGGACUGUCCGCGGGCUGGAUUUAGAAGGCGAUUGGGCCGCAUCCAGCCCCCGGGCCUUAGUUUGCCUACCCGUCCCACACUUUCCACCAGGGCAUUUUCCUGUCACUUUCUUAACCACAAACAGUCUACGGGGCAGGAGGAGAGAGAGAGAGGGUUUGCUGUUCAGGAGAACCUGAUCUACUUUAACUGGGCAACCUGAAUUUACAGGUAUGCAUUUUCAUCCCACCCACAAAACAGUGACAGUCUGGAAGUGACCCUAGGGAAGAAAUUUUGGGCUCAGGCUGUUAAGAGGUGUGGAACAGAAAAAAAGGAGGCAUGUGAAUUAAGAGAUUGUGUAAAGUUGUGAGAAAACAGGGAUGGGGCUGUGAGAAUGUGCAACAACUCACUCUCUCCAACGUAGCUAUUAGAGAUACAGCCUGGAGUUGUACUAAAUUGAAAACUGAAGCAACAACUUUGAAACAACAAUUGAUUAGAAAAGAAAGAAAAGCAAAUGGGAAUUUGGGAAAUGUUUAUUGAUUAUGCAUCCUGAUGUGUUUGCAGAGAGAUUAGAUGAAGCUGGCUAUUUAAUAAGCAUUCACCCUGAUUUGUGUUGCAUCAAAGCACACUUUCCAGUACAUUUUCCUCUCUCUCUCUGUGUGUGUGUGUGUGUGUAGUCCAAUCUUUUCAGGAACUGGGUUGUUACACAAGACCUCCAACUGACUGUAAUGGUGCAACCUGGAUUUCUAAGUAUGUGAUUGAUUCCCACCUGAAAGUAGUGAUAUCUGGAAGCGCCCUUGGUAAAGUAAGAGGGAUAGCCAUGAAAGGUGUUGUCUGGUUGAACACCUGGCAUAGACAAGUAGAAGUUUCUGUUGGGAUACUGCCAGGGAGACAAAGUCCAUCAUGGCCCCCAAGCCGCCUCCGGACGUCCAUCGAUCUCCCGUAGACACGCAUUAUCAGCAAUUAGCGACACGAGCUCCAGAAAUAGCCUGCCACAUUCCAGAGCCGAUGCACGCUCUAUCAGCAGAUAAUGCACAGCGAAAGAUGCACGCAGGAGAGCAUUAUUUACAAGUUUAUUCAGCAUUGAUGACUCACAAAGCCUGCUCCCUUUUAAGGUGGAACGGAAAUAUCCUAACAUCCUCCCCCUUUCCGUGUAACCUGUAGUACCUGUGGUUCAACCCAAUUGCAACUUCUGUACAUAAACCUUAAGUUGUUCUCUGUUAACAACCUUAGACAACAGAUCAGCAGGAAUUUCAUUUCCUGGCAUGUAGGACACCUGAAUGAGUCCUUUCUGAAUAUACUCUCUUGCACGAUGUAACUUACCGUAAUCUGCAAGUACUUGGUUCUUUGCUUGCGACUCUCUGAGUUCAGCAAAGCCAAACAGGAUCUAUUGUCUUGAUACACUUGUAUAGGACAUUUCACAGAAACUCUGAUGUCCUUAAACAGUUGCAUCAACCAUUCACAAUCCAUGAGUGAAAAUGACAGAGCAUUGAGUUCUGCUUCACAGGAACUUAGGCUCACUGUCGUCUGCUUCUUGCACAGCCAGUCAAACAGACAGUGGUUGUACAUGUAGCAUACUCCAGAAGUGCUUGUACCAUCCAUGGUGUCACUUCCAAAACUUGCAUCUGCAAAGAUUUCAAGACCUCCAGUCUUCUGACUGGUGAACCUCAGCCUGUAGUGCAUAGUCCCUUUCAAAUAGCGGGCUAUGCACUUCAGAGCUUUCCAAUCCUGAACAGUAGGAUUGUUGGCAUGUCUGCUAAGCAGGUUAGUGCUUACAGCUAUGUCAGGUCUUGAGCAUCUAGCAAUGAAAUUCAACUUGUCUAGAAUGCAUCUGUACAGCGUAGUGUCAGAAAACGCUUCAGCAGUACUAUCUACCUGGUAACCUGUCACCAUCGGUGUGUCUGCUGGGUUUGCAUCAACCAAAUUCAACCUGGUUAAAAUAUCAGCAAUUUUCUGUGUUUGGUGUACCAGAAAAUUACCUGCUUGGUCCCUCUCCACCUGCAGAGAAAGAUAGUUGGAUACCUCACCAAGAUCCUUCAUGUCAAAGUGCUCCUUCAGCUGAGCUAGGGUGCUUUGGUACAAAGCCUGAUUCUUCCAAAACAUCAGAAGAUCAUCAACAAAACAUAAACAAUACAGUUUGUUUUGCCCCUCCUCCUUGACAAACGCACAUGGAUCAGCUUUGCCCUGGUGAAAACCUAGAGAAAGCAAUGUCUCAGUGAGCUUUGUGUUCCAACACCUGGCACUCUGCUUGAGACCAUAUAAGGAUUUCCGCAGUUUACAGACCAUUCCCUUCUGUAUCUGCAUUCCAUCAGGUGGAAGCAUAUACAGCUCCUCCCCCAAAACCCCGUACAAAAAAGCUGUAUUAAGCACAAAGCCUGCUCCCUUUUAAGGUGGAACGGAAAUAUCCUAACAGUUUCAUGGAAUAGACAAGUAGAAGUAUAAAGGUCACAUAUGCCUUUUGGGGAAUUUUUAGGUGGAGUAAACCUAAUGGUUGAAUUCAAUGUCAUUUCUGCUUGCCUGAUGGAACCAUCUCCCCUCUCUUCCUCCCUGUUCUAUGGGCUCUCCCAGCCCCACUAGAGCCAAUCUGAGGAGCUCAGGGGUGCUGGGGAGAAGGGGGGAAACCCUGUUGCACUAGCAGGACUUGUUGCAUUGGCUCCCACUACCUCAACUAUUUAGUUGAAUCCAACUCAACGACUUGAUCUAGAGCUGUAUUGGUGGUAAGUUUGUGGGGAGGACCGCUCCCCCUGAAGCCCUUUUUCCACCUUGGGCCUGGGGGUGGGCCCCAUACUCCACCACAGCAUAUAAGGCUCCUAGGAGGCCUCGGGACAUCGCUGCUGCCGCUCUGCCGUGAGUCUUGGGGAGGACCGCUCCCCCCUGAAGCCCUUCUUCCACCUUGGGCCUGGGGGUGGGCCCCAUACUCCACCACAGCAUAUAAGGCUCCUAGGAGGCCUCGGGACAUCGCUGCUGCCGCUCUGCCGUGAGUCUUGGGGAGGACCGCUCCCCCCUGAAGCCCUUUUUCCACCUUGGGCCUGGGGCCGGCCCNAUACUCCACCACAGCAUAUAAGGCUCCUAGGAGGCCUCGGGACAUCGCUGCUGCCGCUCUGCCGUGAGUUAGUGGGGAGGAACGCUCCCCUGAAGCCCUUUUCCACCUUGGGCCUGGGGCGGGCCCCAUACUCCACCAAAGCAUAUAAGGCUCCUAGGAGGCCUCGGGACAUCGCUGCUGCCGCUCUGCCGUGAGUCUUGGGGAGGACCGCUCCCCCCUGAAGCCCUUCUUCCACCUUGGGCCUGGGGGCGGGCCCCAUACUCCACCACAGCAUAUAAGGCUCCUAGGAGGCCUCGGGACAUCGCUGCUGCCGCUCUGCCGUGAGUUUGUGGGGAGGACCGCUCCCCUGAAGCCCUUUUCCACCUUGGGCCUGGGGUGGGCCCCAUACUCCACCACAGCAUAUCAGGCUACUAGGAGGCCUGGGGACAUUUCAUCUGGCGCUCUGCCGUGAGUCUUGGGGAGGACCGCUCCCCCUGAAGCCCUUUUUCCACCUUGGGCCUGGGGGCGGGCCCCAUACUCCACCACAGCAUAUAAGACUCCUAGGAGGCCUCGGGACAUCGCUGCUGCCGCUCUGCCUAUGAGUCUUGGGGAGGACCGCUCCCCCUUGAAGCCCAUUUUCCAGCUUGGGCAUGGGGCGGGCCCCAUACUCGCCUCCGCAGCUUAUGGGGCUCCAGGGAGGCCUCGGGUGUGUGGGGUGGGGUGGGUGUUUAGUUGGGUGUGGGAAUUUGUUUAAUUUAAUUAUGUUGUGUUUGUAAUUUUGUUUUUUGUUUUUAUAGUUUUAUUGUUCUGUUAGUUUGAUUUUUGUAUAGGCUUUAAUUUGAUUUUAAGGGGAGGGGUCAGGGCUGCCUGGGAGUGGGUCCCAGCAAACAAAAUGGCUGGGGCAGGUUCCACAGGGGGGGAUGCACUCGGACAACCGAUCUCAGUGAUCACGGGUAGGAGGAGGAGUUACGCUAAGACCAGACCAUGUCAUUACCGAGGAAGCAGGCUUAGUCGUUGUUUGAGGACUAUCCCUGCUUCCAGGUCUGGUCCUGACCGGAAGGAUACUGGAAUCAACAAGGGAAACCCACAUGACCUGAAAGUGUUGCUGUGCAAUGCCAGGUCAAUGAUGAAUAAAACCUCUGCCAUCCACGACCUGAUUGUGGAUGGAGGAUUUGACCUGGCAUGUGUGACAGAGACCUGGUUGGAUGAAGCAGAUGGGCCCGUCCUUGCCGCUGCUUGUCCACCAGGUUUCUCUUACGCACAGCAACCCAGGCCUUGUGGGCGGGGAGGGGGUUGCUGUGAUUUUUAGGAAGUCAUUAGUUUGCACCAGGCGUCCUAUUGGAAAGACCCAGUUCUCUGAGUGCAUGUUCUGGAAGUUGGGCAAUAGGGGCAGUACAGGAUUCCUAUUGGUGUACCGACCUCCCCGCUGCACCAAGGAUUCCCUGCCCGAGCUGCUUCAGGUCGUGGCGGAUGUCCUCCUGGAGACACCUAGUUUGGUUGUCCUAGGGGACUUUAACAUCCAUGCCGACACGACCUUACAAGGGGCCGCUCGGGACUUCGUGGAAAGCAUGGCCUCCAUGGGGCUGUCCCUGAAUAAGUCUGGCCCAACUCAUAGCCACGGGCAUGCCUUAGACCUGGUGUUCACCUCUAUGGAUGUUGGUGAUCUGACAUUAAGUAAAAGCGAAACCAAAGAAGUGCCAUGGUCAGAUCACUUCCUGGUGCAACUGGACUUCUCCGUGACCCUUCCCCUCUGCAGGGAGGCGGGACCGAUUCAGAUGGUCCGCCCCCGCCACUUAAUGGAUCCAAAUGGUUUCCAGAGAGUGGUAGGGGAUGUUUUAUCCCAUGUUGAUGGCCUUUCAGCUGAUUCCCUGGUGGCCCGCUGGAAUGUGGAGUUAACCAGGGCUAUUGACUGUUUGGCUCCAAAGCGCCCUCUCCGAUUGCAUGGAGUCCGGACAGCCCCGUGGUUUUCCACGGAUCUGAGGGCAAUGAAACAAUCGUUGAGACGGCUAGAGCGCCGGUGGCGGAUAACCCAUUCUGAAUCUGACCGGACACGGGUUAGAGCUCAAUGUCGAGCCUACCAAGUGGCGAUAGCGACGGCGAAGAAGACUUUCUUCACCGCCUCUAUUGCAUCUGCGGAAAACAGCAGCAGGAGACUCUUUCAGGUGGUUCGCAAUUUAGCGGAACCACCUGCUCCAUCAGGGCCCAGUAGCGGCCACAUGAUCUCCUGCAAUGACUUUGCAAAGUUUUUGCAGAUAAAGUCGCUCAGAUUCGAGAAGAGGUAGACUCCACCGUGGGAGCAGGGCCGGGGCGGGAGAGUGCUAGAGUCCUGUCUAGUCAAGUUGUGUGGGAUCAAUUCCAAUCUGUUACCCCCGAGGAUGUGGACAGGCUGCUUGGACGAGUGAAACCAACCACUUGCCUCCUUGAUCCUUGCCCAUCCUGGCUUAUAAAAGCUAGCCGGGAAGGACUGGGCGAUGGGCUUCGUGGGGUGGUGAAUGCUUCCCUCCGUGAGGGAGCCUUCCCAGACCCGCUGAAAGAGGCGGUUAUUAAACCGCUUCUUAAAAGACCAUCUUUAGAUGCGGCCACAAUAGCCAACUAUCGCCCAGUCUCAAAUCUUCCAUUCUUGGGCAAGGUGAUUGAGCGAGUGGUUGCUGAACAACUCCAGGCACGCCUGGAAGAAGCGGACCAUUUGGAUCCCUUCCAGUCGGGAUUCAGGCCUCAUCAUGGGACUGAAACUGCCUUGGUCGCACUGGUUGAUGAUCUCCGGCGGGCUAGGGACAAAGGUGAGUGCUGUUUCCUAGUUCUGCUGGAUCUCUCAGCGGCGUUUGAUACCAUCGACCAUAACAUCCUUCUGGACCGUCUUGAGGGGCUGGGAGCUGGGGGCACUGUUAUACAGUGGUUCCGCUCCUUCCUCCUGGGCCGUGUUCAGAAAGUGGUGGUGGGGGCUGAGUGUUCAGACCCCUGGGCCCGCACGUGUGGGGUGCCUCAGGGUUCUGUCCUCGCCCCCCUGCUUUUCAACAUCUACAUGAAGCCGCUGGGAGAGAUCAUCAGGGGAUUUGGGCUGGGUGUUCAUCAGUAUGCAGAUGAUACCCAGCUCUAUCUCUCCUUCAAAUCAGAACCAGUGAAGGCAGUGAAGGUCCUGUGUGAGUGCCUGGAGGCGGUUGGAGGUUGGAUGGCGGCUAACAGAUUGAGGUUGAAUCCUGACAAGACAGAAGUACUGUUUUUGGGGGACAGGAGGCGGGCAGGUGUGGAGGAUUCCCUGGUCCUGAAUGGGGUAACUGUGCCCCUGAAGGACCAGGUGCGCAGCCUGGGAGUCAUUUUGGACUCACAGCUGUCCAUGGAGGCACAGGUCAAAUCUGUGUCCAGGGCAGCUGUUUACCAGCUCCAUCUGGUACGCAGGCUGAGACCCUAUCUGCCUGCGGACUGCCUCACCAGAGUGGUGCAUGCUCUGGUUAUCUCCCGCUUGGAUUACUGCAAUGCGCUCUACGUGGGGCUACCUUUGAAGGUGACCCGGAAACUACAACUAAUCCAGAACGCGGCAGCUAGACUGGUGACUGGGAGCGGCCGCAGAGACCACAUAACACCGGUCUUGAAAGACCUACAUUGGCUCCCAGUACGUUUCCGAGCACAAUUCAAAGUGUUGGUGCUGACCUUUAAAGCCCUAAACGGCCUUGGUCCAGUAUAUCUGAAGGAGCCGUCUCCACCCCCAUCGCUCUACCCGGACACUGAGGUCCAGCACUGAGGGCCUUCUGGCGGUUUCCUCACUGCGAGAAGCCAAGUUACAGGGAACCAGGCAGAGGGCCUUCUCGGUAGUGGCGCCUUCCCUGUGGAACACCCUCCCACCAGAUGUCAAAGAGAACAACAACUACCAGGCUUUUAGAAGACAUCUGAAGGCAGCCCUGUUUCGGGAAGCUUUUAAUGUUUGAUGUAUUAUAGUAUUUUAAUAUUUUUUUGGAAGCCGCCCAGAGUGGCCGGGGAAGCCCAGCCAGAUGGGCGGGGUAUAAAUAAUAAAUUAUUAUUAUUAUUAUUAUUAUUAACAGCCCAUUCCUGAUUUGAUAACUGAUUGCAACAUGGUGGCAUCCUCAGCUGAAGGUACAGUGCCACCACUCUUAUCACUGUUAUGUGACUCUUUGUACAACCUUUGGACAUUACAGAUACCAUCUUCGUCACGCUUCCUUACAUUUGCAAAAUCCAAAAUGCCACCCAUAGCUUCUUCCCUAUCGCACUCGGUAAUCAACAUUUCCUCUUUGAUUUGGAGAGGGUGUUUUCAUGUCUUUCAUAAUCUACCUCCAGGUAACGUAUAGGGGUGCCCCAUUAAAACAGGACUCUCUGCAUUUUUCUCAUCAUAUGGAGCAAGCACAGCUUCUGUCCCCCCGGGCCCCGGCCUCCAAAUGCAUUGGACAGAAGAAGCAUGUCAGUAUAAGUGUCUGUCUUGCCAUGUGGAGUCACUAAUGUCUUUGGACCCGUUUGGAAAUUUGAGAAAGUACUGUGGGCACCACCCCUCCCCACCUUGUCAUUCUGCACAUGCAGAGAAAGCACACACACACUUUUUGCUUUUCCAUGGCCCUGGGUAAAAGUCGAACCUAGCAGAAUAAAAAACGGAUCCUCUUGGUUUUACAUACGGUACCUCCUCCAAACUACCAUCAGAUUAAAAUUUACAUUGGUAGACUGCAGAGUAAAAAGAGAAACAUAUCCCGUGUCAGCAUCGCCCUUGAGCCAGUGCCACCAACUGGACUCAUCCACUUCAGUGCUUUGGUGCUCAUCCUGUGCCUGCCAGCACCACAACACCACUGAGCCAAGGCACAGAUCCUCAUGGAUCUCCUUGAUUCUCACCUAGCAUAACAAUAAAGUCACCGACAAAUAACAGAAUAGAACUGUGGACACAGAUAUGGUCUGUUAUUGAAUGACGACUUUGAAGAGAUCCCUUGUAAAAAUUAUUCCAAUCCACAAGUGAGUGGGAUGGCUGGCUAGCUCACUUGGUAGAGCAUGAGACUCUUGAUCUUAGGGUUGUGGGUUCGAGCCCCAUGUUGGGCAAAAGAGUUCUGCAUUGAAGGGGCUGGACUAGAGGACCCUUGUGGUCCCUUCCAACUCUACAGUUCUAUUAAUCUAUAAGGAUUUAUUACUCACACCUAAGUUUUUGCACCAUGGCAGCACUGGAAAGACUCAGAUCUGCGUUUUUUUAAUGAGUUAUGUCAGUUUAAAAUGUAAAACUGCACAUGGUGAGAGCAUGUUUUUAUUUUUGUUGCUGCUUAUUAAGGUUAACAAAUUGAUGUUUGUUUUAUAUCAGGAGUGUGGAAUGUAGCAAUCAAAUCAUGGAGUGAGGGGAGAUGCCUGCUUUUCUGGCUUGUCUUAUUACCACUUUUUGCAUCUGAAUGCUAUAUUACCUUUAUAAGGCAUGUGUGUGUGUGUUUUCCUGUUUGUUGUUUUUAAUCUGAACUCAUCAAGAAUAAGGCAAUGGAAUGGUGGGACAGUGCUUCCCAGCUGAAGUGUUGCAAUGCAGUCUCCUAGGGAGAUGCAACAGGAAGGGAGGGGCUGGUUAAGCUGGUUGCAGCCAGGGUGGGGUGAUUAACUGCUUUCCUGCCCAUGGGGGCAAAAUAGCAGGGUUCUCGAGAUGAAUUGUUGCUGCCGGUAUGAGUACUUUCAUGCCAAAACUCUCAUAUCUUGUUUCACUUUUUUUUUUUUUUAAAGUGACUUCCUGACUAUUGAUGAUAACGUUGCAGAUGGAUAUGCUACUUCCUUUUUAAAACAAUUUAAAUCUUGAAUUCGUCCAAGCAUGGGCAUCUGAACAACAUUGCUAUAAAUCUCAUUUGCGUUUGGACCCCUUCCACACCUGGUCUCGCACUGAAUGUUGCAUUGUCAACCCAAGAUCAGUUGAUGAAAAGCCUACAGUAAUAUAAAUGCUUUGCAAUGUAUGAAACUCGAGUCUUUUGUGUGGUUUACGGUUGCCUGGUAGAAUCCAUCAGAGGCGGGUAGCUACCUUGGUCAGUAGAUAGAAAAGAGUGCAUGGGCAUAGCCAGGAUUUUUGUUGGGGGGGCAGGCCUUUUGUGGGGGGGCAGAACCUCAGUCAGCUAUGUAUUUUUAUUGAUUUUUUUGAUUACAAGGGAGCAGCUGCCCCUUCCUGCCCCCCCCCCCGCCCCAGAUAUGCCCAUGGUAGAGUGUUCGGUAUUCACCAGCAAAGAUCCCUGUGUUCUCCAAAGUCCUGCUUGGUGCGUGGCUGGGUUGAUCUGCAGUUAGGGAUUGGUCAAUGUGGGAUUCUUUUUUGGCAACAGAAUGUUCAGUAUUAUUAUUAUUAAUAUUAUUAUUAUUAUUAAUCUAAGUGGACCAAUAAUCUAAUUAUGCAUGUAUUAUAAUUACAGUUUCCUAUGCAUCAGUGUUAGUUUUCAGUGCUCCUCCUGACUCAAGUGUGUUCAGAAUAAGAUUGCAGGCUUCUUCUAUUGUAUCACAUGCCUGCAUGUGACGUAUGGUGAGCUUCUGCUUACCACUUUGCAAGGUGCUACCUAUGGCCAGGGGACGUGGGUGGCACCAGUGGCGUAGCAUGGGUUGUCAGCACCCGGGGCAAGGCAAGUAAUUUGCGCCCCCUAACCCGUGGAUUUGCGCCCCCUAACCCUAACCCCCAGAUGUUGCGCCCGGCCCCCCCUGCACCCCCAUGCUACGCCACUGGGUGGCACUGUGGUCUAAACCACAGAGCCUAGGGCUUGCCGAUUGGAAGGGUGAGAAAGUUCAACCAAAUUAAUGUGUGGGCUUGGGCAACCAGUUUAUUCAGUGGUGUACAGACACGUACACAGUCAGAAGUCACAACAGCUUAUUUAUAGCAACCUCCUCCUUCCUGAACUCAAUUAAUAUUAUAUUUCAUAAAUGUUUUUUUAAAAAUGGCUGCUGUAUAAGAUAAACUAGGAAGGCAAUAUUUCUAUGCCUGUGAAUAAGAAAUAAAUAAAUAGUCAAAAAGGUCAAAAUCACACUAAGUGUGUUCUCUCUGUGCCAACAUUUCCUCGUAUUUGACAGCACAGUAUUUUAAAUGACUAGCAGCCAAGAGGCAGAACAUGACCUCAAACUGAGCAUUAGGGAAGGUAGUAGUUACUCAUGCCUUCUUUAUCCUUAGCAUUAGGAUUAACUAUUAUUUAUUCAGCUUUUGGGUUAGAUUUAAGAAGUUUAAUAUUUAAGUUAAACAUAAUGCAGAGCAACACAAUCAACCCUCCUUUAAGUUAUUGCCACCUCCUUUAAGAAUAAUUUGUUUUAUAGAGCUCUUUUUCUUUCUUUCUCAUUUAUGAUUUUAUUGUCUAAAUUGUGCCAAUGAAGGCUGAAUGAAUAAAUUGAUGAAUCAUGUGGGUGUGAAUGUUAAGAAUGUUUGGACAAAUCAAAUCAAUCUUGGUUAUAUAUUUGGCUUUGAAAUAAAACGAUGACUGAAAGGUUGACUUGUCACAGACUUACGGGCUUGCCAGACAAACAAUAUUGCUGCCAGAGUCAUUUUAUUUUACACAAAGGUCAACUUCCGGAUUCAGUACAAGAGUUGGGUAGCCAAAAGGGUAAUUUCAGAUAGGAGAUGCAAGAUACCAAAAUUCUCUGCCUUAAAAAUUGCACUGUAACAGCAUAAGGCUGUGCCCAUGCCACAGACUUACAAUAACUUCAGUUCUCUGCAGUAAUCGUGAUUCUAGGCUUGAAACUGUGAAUUGCAAUUGUAUGGAAAUGAGGGGGUUUUUUGGGGGGUGGGACAACUUUGAUAUUUCAUCCCCUCCUGGAAAUGCUUCUGUUUCACUAGGUGUUUUUCGAGAAUGAAUUUGCUUCAGUGUUAGUAAUUUGUUCCGCAUUUUAUUUUAUAAUUUUGUGACAUUUUAAUGCUUUUAGUGCAUACCACCGUGAUAGCUCUUUGAACAAGUUCAUGGUUUAUAAACACACUUAUCAAGCAAUAUAAGUCAUUAUCAGAACCCACUAAUUCACUUUCAGACCAGUUUAAAUUUGCAAUGUAAAAAAAAAAGUAAAGGACCCCUGACAGUUAAGUCCAGUCACAGAAAACUCUGGGGUUGUGAGGCUCAUCUCGCUUUACGGGCCGAGGGAGCCAGUGUUUGUCCACAGACAGUUUUUCCGGGUCAUGUGGCCAGCAUAACUAAGCCAAUUCUGGCACCACGGAACACCAAAACCACAGCAGCGCACGGAAACGCCAUUUACCUUCCCUCCAGAGCGGUACCUAUUUAUCUACUUGCACUUUGACGUGCUUUCGAACUGCUAUGUUGGCAGGAGCUGGGACUGAGAAACGGGAGCUCACCCCGUCACGGGGAUUCGAACCGCCAACCUUCCGAUCAGCAAGCCCAAGAGGCGAUUCACUAAUUCACUUUCAGACCAGUUUAAAUUUGCAAUGUAGAUAUGCCAAAUAUUAACACAAAUUUUAAUGGCAUUUAAAGCAAUGAACUUUCAGACAAAGUAGUGCCAUAUCAGCAAAUAUUUAUAUCACCUUAAAGCUUUCUCCAAAAGAAGUGCCACUGGUCCCCAUUCCACUACAUUAAGUUCUGAAGUUGUUGAGGGGAUGCCAAGGAUGCUUUCUUAGGGAGGAAAGUGAGCCCCAUUGUAUUCAAUGGGACAUACGUAUACUCCCUGGAGUGUGCAGGACUGCAGUUGUGUUUAUGCUGAAAUAUUGUGCAUUUUGUUUUCACCAGUGGCAUCCUUGCUGAGCAAUAAUCUCCCCAGAGAGGUCUGUAUGGAGCAUCAUUAUGGCCCUUUUUAUGUUUCAGGUUUUUUAAAUUCUCUCAGGUUUUUUAAAUCUCAUUUUUUAUUAUACUGGUCACGUGGAUAUUGGUAUAUUGUGAUUGCCGCUAUAAUAAUUUAAUAUUGCAUCUUAUGAAUUUUUCUUUGCUUUCUGAGCUGCCAAUAAGAAUAUUGUGAGCUGCCUUGAGCACUGCUUCGAUUUGUGGCUGUUGUUGCUGUUGUUUUUAAGAGCUGAAAACCAGGAUAUAUACAUAUAAAUAAAUUCUUACAUUGUGGGAGACCUUUGCCAUCUGCUACCUGGUUUCCCCCUUCCCAAAUAUAAGGCUUUGCUUCUUCAGCUCUAGGGUGACAUUCUCUCACAGGGAACAUGGGGUGGGCUUGGAGGGAAUGCCAGGGGUGGGCAGAGCCAGAGAUAAAACUGCAUGGAGCCAGUAGCAAAAAGUGGGCAGAGCAACAGGUGUGACUCUUACCUUUGUACAAUAAAUUCCAGCCACAUAAAAGUCAGAGGUUCCUACACAUGUACACACCUCUAAAAGCUAGCAAGAGGCACCAUCACAAUUCAAACUAGGCAAAGAGGACUGGGGAGCAGUGUGACUUGGGCAGCAGACAUGUGUGCCCCAGGGAGAGCAUUUCAAGGCUAGACAGAAAGGGCAUGGAGGGUUGCAUACCCUUGUUUCAAACAUGGCGGCAGUGGCAGAGCUUUAUGCUCGAGCACCGGGGGGUGGGGGGGGUGGAGAGCAGGCGGGGGUGGGGCUGGCAUGCGUCCCAGGGGUGUGCUGCACCACCACAGGGGUGUGACACGUGUCCUGGAGGCGUGGAGCACCACCCACAGGGCCCUGGCAUGCGUCUUCGGGGAGUGGCGCCCAGCGCUGCCAGGGGCAGUGUGCUCCCCCCGCACUCCUCUUCCUCCGCCAGUGCAUGGUGGGUUUUUCUUUGCAUGAAUCUACUCAACUACAGUGGUACCUCGGGUUACAUACGCUUCAGGUUACAUACGCUUCAGGUUACAGACUCCGUUAACCCAGAAAUAUUACCUCAGGUUAAAAACUUUGCUUCAGGAUAAGAACAGAAACCGUGCAGCAGCAGCAGCGCAGUGGCAGCAGGAGGCCCCAUUAGCUAAAGUGGUGCUUCAGGUUAAGAACAGUUUCAGGUUAAGAACGGACCUCCGGAACGAAUUAAGUACUUAACCCGAGGUACCACUGUAUAUGCAUACCAGAACAAUUUUAAUUUUUUUUUAAAGUGCAGAACCAAUGGAAACUCCCUCCGGAUGGUGUGUGAGAAUGCUGUUGUGAUUUGAGAUAGCAGGGAUUUUAUAAACCCUCAACCAUAGAUGGGACUAGAGGGGGCAGGUGGGGCAAUUGUCCCAUUCCCCCACCCCCACUGCCACCGCUGCCAAAGGCGCUCACUUCCUCACUCGCCUCCCCAUUUCUGAACUCCUGUCAUUAACAUCUACUGUUAUUUUUCUUUCGUACCCACCGAGAAAUAUAACCUGCUCCUCCUGCAAAAAAAUUUUUUUUCUGGUGCUGCUACUUACUCUCACACCAGUGUGUGUGUGUGUGUGUGUGUGUGUGUGUGUGUUCUCUCUCUUCCUCCCUCCCCCUCCUUCCCCUCUCCUCCUAUUUACACAAUUUUUCAAUUGUUGCAAAAUUUUGAAAUUGCCACUAGCUUCUAGUGCUUGGCCAGCUUGUUCCUCCACCAUUCAAAAGGUUGUGCAAACAUGGAAAUUAAUAAGCAAAAACCUCUCCUCAGGGCACAGCCAAAUUCUACCUUUUAACACAAAGGUGUACAAUCAAUAAGAAUUAAGUCUGCAGCACACUCAGAAACUAGUUUGCUUCCCCAAAAGAUGUUGAAAAAAACACCAAGACUGACCUGUCAGGUUCAUGAAAAGCAGGAAGAGGAAACCUGAACCAAGAUAAUAGUGACUUAAACAGGGAAAACAGGUAGAGGAAAAGUGGGAUUCCACGUUGCCAUCUGUGGGCACAAUGUUAUACUGCACAUACAAAGCAUAUGAAUCACUUUUUCUUUACCAGUCUAGCUCAGUCCUGGGCAAAUGAGAUAUUCCAGGGUUUCCAAGUGCUCACCCAGGGUUCAGUUUCCUUGGAAGGACAGCAGAUGCCAUGGCGUCUUAAUUAUAUAAGGAUUAUUUACACAUAUAUACAACCUGGGGCUAAUUUGGGGGGACCCACAGCGUUAACACCCCAAGAGGUCUUGCUUCUCCCAUAGUCACAGCCUUGGAUUCAAGCAGAAAUCAAGCAUGGCUCUCAUUCUCUCACUUUUGCCUGUUUAUAACCCAUCUCUCACUCACUCACACACCCCUACCUCUGACUUUUGUCUUUCUCACUACCAGCCAGGUGAUGGAGGGACCCCCCACCCACCUGCCCUCUGGCACAGAGCCACUUCAUCUGUUAUGCUAAAAACACUAUUUAAGCCAUUAUCUCACUAAGAAGCUUACCUGGCUAGUUCAACAAUGGAACCCUCUAUUAGAUUUAACCCUCGCUGGAUUUUACCCCAGGAACUAGAAAGGCCUCAGGCAUCAUGCAGACUAGACUAACCACACACCCCACCCCCAGCUCACAACAUUAUUUUUGAGGUCUGGCAACCAGAACUGAACACAUCAUUCCAGGUGUAGCCACACCCCAGAUUUGUACCAACAGUUUUAUUUUCAAAUCAUUUCCUCUUCAUUCCUAACACACAGAAUACAACUCCCCCCCCCCCCAAAGUUACUCCAUACUUUAAUUCAGCUGUCCAUCUCUUUCUUAGCUGGUCAAUGCCUGUUCAAGCCCCAUAGGCAUAAAUGUGAAGUUUGGAUUUCUUUUGCCACAAAGUUCCAUCAACCCCAGUCAAUACGGUCAAUGAUCAGGGAAGAUGCAAGUUGUAUUGCUGCAACAUCUGAUGGGCACCACAUUAAAUACCUCUGACCUAGAAGGAGUCAUUGUUAACACUGGAAAUUUUCCUCUGUUCAUGUUUCCCUACAUUUUAUUAUAUACAUUAUAUACUAACGUUCAAAUAGUAACAUAUAAAUAAAAAGACACCUGUAUUUAAGAAAAAUCAUUUUGCAAGCUGAGUACAACAUGUCACACACCGGUUUUAUUAGUUUUCUUCCCCACCUUAGGUAAAUUUGGACUUUGGAUAACUAGGUUCUGUCCUAACCAGGAAGUAUGUAUAGCUCAUGUUAACAGUAAAUCCAUUAAAAAAUAGCUCUAGUCUUUCACAAUCCUCAAAGCCUGUACAUGGGGUGUUAAUUUCCUAUGCUGGCUAUUCAUAUCUGUAAGAUUUCAGCCUUAAGACCUGUGUUUUAUACUAGUGUGUACUAGAAGGACAACACAAAAAAAAAUCACUUUAGAAUUUUGAUUAUGCAUUUGAGGCACAAGUCAAAGUGAAGAUAUGUCCUUUUUAUUACUAAGCUAUCUUAUUUAAUUUAUCUUUUCAAUAGGUUAUUGAUAGAUAUGGACAUUUCUUCCAAAAUACAGUGGGCUAUGAUGGGGAACCCAUUACUCCAAUAUCCUGCUGA